AUGAUCGACACAGGCGAUCAGGAUCUUUUUGUACUACGUCGUGCUCGUUCAAAUCAUGAAAUAAUAAAAGUAGACAGAGGUUACUGGCAAAAAUUCGUCGACGAAUACCUCGUUGGCACUGGCGCAGUUUCGCAGGGGGCUAUUAUUGGUCGUGAUGGGAACAUUUGGGCUAUAUCUCCUGGCUUCGAGCUGAAAGAUGGUGAAGGUAAACAAAUUGUUGCUAACUUCAAAGAUACGUCAAAUGUCUCCGAAACUGGUGUCACUGUCGGUGGCAUCGAAUAUGUUGCUACCAAGGCUGAGAACGGUUCCAUAUAUGGGGAAAAGGAUGCUACCGGCGUGAUUUUGGUUCAAACAACACAUGCCGUUGUCAUCGGACUCUACGGUGAGAAACAACAACCUGGCAAUGCUACUGCAGUUACAGAGAAACUGGCCCAAUAUCUAAUUGAAAAUGGCCAUUAA